AUGUUUCCUAGCCCUGUGACAAGCACCCCCUUCUCGGUGAAGGAUAUUCUGAACCUGGAGCAGCAGCAGCAGCAGCAGAGCCUGGGCUCCAUGGAGCUGGCCUCGCUGGCCUCCCCGUCCUGCAUGCUGGCCACCUUCAAGCAGGAGGCGUUCGGCACCGAGCCCCCGGCCCUGCCCGACCUGCGGGACGAGCUGCCCGAGCCGCCCCCCGGCAAAACCGCGGCCGCCUUCCCCGGCUCCUACUACGGGAAAAGCUUCGUGGAGAUGGACUCGGCCAAGGAGGCCAAGGCAGACAAGAAAGAACUCUGUUCCUUACACAAGAGCCUGGAGCAGGAGAAAAGAGAUCCGGAAGACCCCGAGCGCCCCAGACAGAGGAAAAGGAGGAAACCUCGCGUCCUCUUUUCUCAAGCCCAAGUGUACGAACUGGAGAGAAGGUUCAAGCAGCAGAAAUACCUCUCGGCCCCCGAGAGGGACCAUCUAGCGAACGUCCUAAAGCUCACCUCCACCCAGGUGAAAAUUUGGUUCCAGAACCGAAGGUACAAAUGCAAAAGGCAGAGACAGGACCAGACGCUGGAAAUGGUGGGGAUCCCUCCCCCGCGGCGGAUCGCCGUGCCGGUGCUGGUGCGCGAUGGGAAGCCCUGCCUGGGGGAAUCUUCGCCCUACAGCUCGCCCUACAAUGUCAGCAUUAACCCCUACAGCUACAACGCCUACCCCGCGUACACCAACUACAACAGCCCCGCCUGCAGCGCCAACUACAACUGCAACUACCCCUCCAUGCAGCCCAUGCAGCCCUCGGCGCCCGCCAACAACUUCAUGAACUUCAGCGUGGGGGACUUGAAUUCGGUGCAGGCGCCCAUCCCGCAGGGCAACGCGGGCAUCUCCACCUUGCACGGCAUCCGAGCCUGGUAG